AUGGCGCGGCCGCUGCUGCCUCGGGCGCUGCGGGCUGCGGGGCUGAGCCGCCUGCUGGCCCGGGGGGCGGGGCCGGCGGACCCGGCGCUGCAGGAGGCGGAGAGGGCACUGCAGCAGCAGAGGAAGGCGGUGAGGCUGCGGAGGCUGAGGAGGGAGCUGGAGCCCGCGGGGCCCCCCCAGCGCAGCCUGAGCUGGCAGGCCAUGGAGCAGAUCCGGUACCUCAGGCAGGCCUUCCCCGAGGAAUGGCCCGUGGCCCGUCUGGCCCAAGGUUUCUGUGUCAGCACGGAUGUCAUCCAGAGGGUGCUGAGGAGCAAGUUCUCUCCCCCGCUGGAGCGAAGGAUGAAGCAGGAUGCCAAGGUGUUGGGUAAACAGGGGAGCCGGGAGCAGCAGCCUGGCCCAGACCGGAGAGCUGAGCUGGUGGCUGUGUCUGCAGGAGAAGCAGCUCGGCAGCUGCUACCUGCCAGGCCCAAGGACAUGCCCCAGUCUGGAGCCCUUAUCGCGCCUGGGGGCCAGUCCAGCAGCUCAAAACCCCAGAGAAAUCGGCAGCUUUGGAGAGCUGGGGAGAGGCAAAACAGAAGGAAGGCCCAACUGGAGCCUCUUCAGGAGGAUGGAACCAAGCCUGUGGCUGGGAUGGAAGCCGCCCUCGUGAGAAACUCUUCGGCAGGAGGAGACGCUGAAGAGUGGGAUGGCGAGGUCCUGAGUGAGGAAGAGCUGGAGGAGCUGGCCGCAGAAGGCCGGGGCACCGGCACCAAAGUGAUGCAGAGAGGACAGGAAUAUUUUGACAGCAAUGGGAAUUUCUUGUAUAGGAUCCCAGCUAGACUAGCCCAUGGGGAGGGGGAGAACAACAUGCAGCCCUUUCCCCAGUCUGGUGGUGAAAAGAGUGGGUAGGGUGUGGGUUGGCUUCUCUUACUGUCGGCCUGCCCAGGGCGUGGGGUUGGCUCAUGUUGCUGUCCUUUCCACCCAGGGAAAAAUAAAAUAGU